AGCCAUUAAUGGUGGCUUAUGGGAAGAGACGCGUCUGUUCAAUUUUGAAUGGAAACUUCUAGGUUUUAAAAAGUAAAACCAGAAAAAAAAAUCCACGAGACGCUGUCUCGGACUCUGCUAGGGGGUGUUGCCCCCUAGACCCCCACACCCUGACCGGUCAGGUCGAUCACUGUAUAACUCUGCAUAGUGGCAAACCUUAGAAACGUUGAAAAUAUCCAACAAUUCUCUAAGUUCCCUUCUUACUGGGGUGGUGGUGGUGGUGAUAGUAAUGAAGGAAAUGGUGGUUACGGCAGUGGUGGUGAUUAUAAUGGAGGAUAUUCUAGUCUUUUCCCUGGAUUUUAUGAAAAUUCAUGUCCUCAAGUUGAUGACAUUGUCAUGUCAGUCCUGGAACAAGCCAUUUCUAGACAGCCUACAACCGCUGCCGCUUUGCUUAGGCUUCAAUUUCAUGACUGCUUCGUUCAGGGUUGUGAUGCAUCAAUUUUACUAGACGAUAGCUCUACGAUAGCUAGUGAGAAGCGUUCCAACGCGAACAGGAAUUUCAUACGAGGAUUCGAAGUUAUCUACGAAAUCAAAGCUAAGUUGGAACAAGCGUGCCCUCAAAUUGUUUCUUGUGCUGAUAUUGUUGCACUUGCUGCAAGAGGCUCAGUUGUACUAAGUGGUAGACCUAACUGGGAGGUUCCAUUAGGAAGAAGAGAUUCAAGAACAGCAAGCCUCAGUGCCUCAAACAACAACAUUCCCCCACCAAACUUAACUCUUCAGAACCUUAUUGCACUCUUCAAUCGCCAAUGUCUUGGUGAAGUAGACCUUGUUGCACUCUCAGGGAGUCACACUAUUGGGGUCGCAAGAUGUGUGAGUUUCAAGCAAAGGCUAUACAACCAAAAUGGAAACAACCAACCUGAUGAAACCUUAGAGAUUAACUACUUCAAUAACUUGAAAUCAGUAUGUCCUAGAUCAGGAGGUGAUAACAUUAUAUCUCCGUUGGAUUACAGCUCUCCUACCAAAUUUGACAAUGGUUACUUCCAAUUGAUAAUGUUGGGAAAGGGGCUUUUGAAUUCAGAUCAAGUGUUGCUGACACAAAACACAAGAACCAUGGAGUUGGUACAAAGUUACGCUGAAGAUGCAAGUUUGUUCUUUGAGGAUUUUGCAAGAUCCAUGGUGAAAAUGGGAAACAUUAGUCCUCUUACUGGCUACAAUGGAGAAGUUCGAAAGAACUGUCGUGCCAUUAACUAAAUAAUGUAAACUGGUCUGCUUGAA